GUUCUCCAUAGCGUCCAUGGAAAAGCAUCAUGCAGGGCAAUAUCGCUGUUACUCUUAUGAAUCUACAGGGUGGACAGAGCACAGUGACUCCCUGGAGCUGGUGGUGACAGGUGUUUACCAUGGCAAACCUACUCUGUCAGCUUUGCCCAGCCCUGUGGUGACCUCAGGUGGGAAUGUGACCCUUCAGUGUGUCUCAUCCAAAGGAUAUGAUGGGUUCAUUUUGACUGGUGCAGAUCUGAAUUUCUCCAGGUCCCAAAAGGCACAGUUAUUACACACUGGACAGUCCCAGGCUCUGUUUCCUCUGAUCCUUGUGACAUCCAGCACACAUGGGCCCUUUCGAUGUUAUGGAAACUAUACAAAUACCUCACAUGUGUGGUCCGAGGCCAGUGACCCUCUGGAGAUACAUGUCUCAGUCUCCCAGGAUCACACAGUGGAGAACCUCAUCCGGAUGGGUAUAUCUGCCUUGAUCCUCACAGCUCUUGGGAUUUUGCUGUUUGAGGCUUGCCGAAGCCAGAGAAUGACCCAGAAUUCAUCCUAGAAGUAUAGAGGAGAGACCAGAGUAUGCCUAGUCUGGUGAUCAAGUCUUGGAAAUCAUUUUGAGGAUCUCAGGUGCUUUUUAAGAGAAAAUUCAGUACUUAAUUUUGUGAAUUAUUUGUGAUAAACUAUCUGAAAAGAUAAUGUGUUUUGGUUGCAGGAAAAGACCUAAAUAUUGGGGUAAUCAGCUCUUCUACCACCCCAUUAAGACUCUUACCCUGUACUUUGUUGUGCACUUUUGAAGAUUUUCCAUUCCUCUAUUUUAAGUCCAUGAUGUAAGGUAACAUCUAGUGUCACCAAAGAGGUUUACAUUCCCACCUCUGUAUAUAUUUUGCAUUUCCCCAGUCUCAUGUGAUAUUUUCCUUUAUUAAACAUCACCACAUGCCACAUUGUGUAUUAUGAGAUGAUCUGUCCUGAAGAGAUCUGUAAGGUCACACCUAAAUCAA